CUGUCACGUGGAAUGAUAACAGUUGUGUAAGGCUUCUGUCUAAUCAUGAAACUAUCGAACCAAUAUCAGAUGUGAAGCGAUGGAGUAGAACAGAGAAGAAAGAUACUCAAGUACCACAACCUAAACUGAUAUCAGAAUAUAACGAAUACAUGGGUGGAGUAAAGAAGAUGGAUUGGAAUGUUCAAAAAUACAGAAUCAGAAUAAGGGGAAAAAAAUGGUAUUUUCCUUUGCUUACUAAUGCCAUCGACGUAACACUGGUUAAUGCCCACGCACUGUAUUGUAUUUCAAAUGAUAAAAUUCCAUUGCUAGAUUUUAGGAGGAUGGUUGCUAGAGGAUAUCUUUCUUUAUCUUCAGAACUCUCAGAUGCAAAAAAGGAUGGAAGGAAUUCUUUCACUAAAGCAUCAAUUAAUCGUGUUCCUACUGUUAUCAGAACAUCUAGUAAUCAUUAUAUUGAAUGGACCGAAAAUGUGCAGUGUGCAAAACAAAUGCAAGAAAACAAUGUGGAAAAUGUAAUGUUGGAUUACACAUACACUGUUUUGAAUGCUGGCAUUAAAAGUAGAUAG